AUGGAUCCAAACUCCAUCUUGCUUUCUCCUCAGUCCCGGACCUGCUCCCACCUGACAGAACCCUGUAUGGCAAGGGAGAGAAGCCCAUGCCCCCAGGAGCUAGGUAGAAACUCCCCCUUUCCCUGGGGCCAGGUCCCCAUUGACGCGGUCUGGCUUGGGGAUGAGCAUGUCCAGGCAAAGAGGGCCAGAGUGGAGACCAUCGUCCGAGGCAUGUGUCUGUCUCCCAGCCCUCUGGCGCCAAGUGAUGCUCCAGCCAGGAACAGCCCGUGUUGCCUAGAGAAGGCCCGAGAGCGGAAGAGGAAGCAGAGCCUUCCCAGGCAGCAAGGUUCCCUGAAGCCAGGCCCUGCCCAGGAUGGAGGCAACAGGAAGGGGGGGCCUCGGGUGAGAGAACAACUUCACCUGCUGAGGCGACAGCUGAGACACCUGCAGGCACACAUCCUGCAGGCUGCUGAGCCCAGGGGCACAGCCCAGGGCCCAGACGGCACCGACAAGGGUAAAGGCCCUCUGAGUGUAAAGCAGAGGAAUGGCUGUGGGUCUGGACCCUGGAUCAUGAACAGUGACCACCACCAGGGUUCCAGCAAGGACCUCUCUGGGGCAGAAAAACAUAGAGUGUCUGAGGAUAAAUACCAGUCUGAGGAGGCCAGGUUCCUCUCUUCCAGAGCACAGGCUUUGCUGAAGACUCUGAGGAAAGAACUCAUGGGGGCAGUAUCCCAGGCUGUAGACUCAGUAUUACAAAAGGUGCUACUGGAUCCACCAGGCUGCCUGGCUCAGCUGGGCCAAGACUGCCAGGGACUGGAAGUGCCGGAGGAUAAAACUAAGCCUUCACCCCCUGGGGGCGGGGCCUACAAAGGUCCAUUUGCUCUGACUGCCUUACCCAGGAGGGCCCAGACACAAGCUGGGGUCCCAGUGGGAAACCUACCACUGGCCAAGCCUCUAGAUUCUCCUAGGUACCCUAUCUCUCCACCAAUGAUCUCCAAAUCCUAUCAGGGUCCCCCAGUAAACUGUCCCCUGACUGUGCCUUCCCACAUCCAGGGAAAUCAGAUUCUUAGCCAUCUGCUGGGUCAUGGACCAAGCAGCCAUUGGAACGGCGGUCCUCCCCAGGACUCAUCUUCCCCAAAUCACUCAGAGUCUGCCCUACCAUCUUGGGAAACUGCCAAACUGCGACCAGCAGUGUGGAGCCAGCAGCAGUGCCCUCUGCCCUUCACCUCCACCCGUCUAGAAAGCCUGCCCCUUCUUCCCUCCAUGAAGAUGGAGCAGGGUGGCCUGCGGGCUGUCUCCGAGGCACUUCCUUUCUCCUCGGUCCACAUCCAGGAGGGUCUAAACCCUGGUCAUUUGAAGAAGGCCAAACUCAUGUUCUUUUUCACCCGGUAUCCCAGCUCCAACCUCCUGAAGGCGUAUUUCCCUGAUGUUCAGUUCAACCGUUGCACUACCUCCCAGAUGAUCAAGUGGUUCAGCAACUUUCGUGAGUUUUAUUAUAUCCAAAUGGAAAAAUAUGCCCGGCAAGCAAUUUCAGAUGGUGUUACAAAUCCCCAAAUGCUGGUGGUUCUCCGAGACUCAGAACUUUUUCGAGCUCUCAAUAUGCACUAUAACAAGGGAAAUGACUUUGAGGUCCCAGAUUGCUUCUUGGAAAUCUCCAGCUUGACAUUACAGGAGUUCUUCAGGGCUGUCUCCGCAGGGAAAGACUCAGAUCCUUCCUGGAAGAAACCCAUUUAUAAAAUUAUUUCGAAACUGGACAGUAACAUCCCAGAGACAUUUAAAUCUUCUAGCUGUCCCCAGGAACAGUUGCGGAAUUAA